AUGACCGAGAAGAAACUGCCACAAGUACCGGAGACGGUUUUGAAAAGGCGGAAGCAGAGGGCCGAAAUUAAGGCAAAGAUCCUUCGGAAGAAAGCAAAGGUCGCGGCUAAGAGAAGGGAAAAAAGGGCAAAGAUCUUCAAGAGAGCAGAGAAAUACGUAAGAGAGUACCGCGAGGCGCAAAGAGAGCAGCUGCGCUUGAAACGCAAUGCGGAGAAGAACGGCGAUUUCUACGUUCCAGAUGAACCUAAGCUCGCAUUUGUGAUUCGAAUUCGUGGUAUUAACCAGAUUCAUCCACGACCUCGGAAGGCUCUUCAAAUUCUUCGCUUGCGCCAAAUCAAUAAUGGUGUAUUCGUGAAACUCAAUAAGGCAACGCUUCCACUUCUUCGCAUUGUUGAGCCGUAUGUGGCAUGGGGAUAUCCUAAUCUGAAAACCGUCCAUGACCUUAUUUACAAACGUGGGUUCGCGAAGGUGGACAGGCGACGGAUUCCGAUAACGGACAACAACAUUGUUGAGGAAUCUCUUGGCAAAUAUGAUAUCAUUUGCAUGGAGGAUCUUGUUCAUGAGAUUUACAAUGUGGGUCCAAAUUUCAAAGCGGCGUCCAAUUUCCUGUGGCCCUUUAAGCUGAACAAUCCUACUGGCGGUUGGACCAAGAAGACCAAUCACUUUGUUGAGGGAGGUGAUUUUGGUAAUCGUGAGGAUCAGAUCAACAAGUUGCUACGGCGAAUGAUCUAA